AUGGUUUUGGUCAAUGGGAGUGGCAUUGGCACUGGAUCGAGCAGCUAUGUCCCAAACUACAAUCCAAGAGACAUUAUCGCUAAUCUGAAAAGGUUGCUAAAUGAAGAGGCCGUUGUACCAAUGGACCCUUGGUACAAGGGGUUCAAGGGCUCUUUGAAGAAGACAAGUUCAAAGGCAGCUGCUGCCACAUAUACAAUUGCUGGUGUUAUAGAGCAAGUUGAUGACAUGAAACUUAAAAUUACCGAGCUUCCCAUCCGCUGCUGGACUCGGGAUUACAGAGAAUUUCUUAAAUCCAUGUGUCCAUCGUUUCUAGAGGAAAUACGGUGGCGAUGGAAUUAUGAGAAUGUGGAGUUUGACAUUUUCUUGAGUGAACAAAACAUGAACAUUGCUAAGCAAGAAGGCCUCGAGAAGAAAUUCAAUCUGACAACCACAAUAGGAACAACAAACAUGCACUUGUUUGACUCGGAUGGUAAAAUUCGAAAAUAUGACACCCCAGAGGACAUACUUACAGAGUUCUUCAAACUGAGGCUCGAAUACUAUCGGAGAAGAAAGGAAGUAAUGUUGGAAAAUAUUGGGAAAGAGUUGUUGAAGCCUAAGAACCAAGUGAGGUUUAUUCUUGCCGUUAUUUCCGGGGAUAUCGUAGUCAGCAACAGAAAGAGGUCAGAGCUAUUCCUGGAGCUUAAACACAAGGGGUAUGAGCCUUUACCAAAGAGAAAAAAUACUGCUAAAGAAGUAGAUGAAGAAAAUGAUUACGAGUAUCUUCUCGCAAUGCCAAUUGGUACCUUGACUCUGGAGAAGGUACAGGAGCUUGUUGCACGGCAGAAGAAAUUAGAGGACGAACUUGAAAGUCUGGGCAAAGCAACUCCAGAAAUUCUUUGGCUGAGAGACCUUGCUGCUCUUGAAAAGGAACUAGAUGUGAGCAGUUCUUCUCUCUACAGUUUUGCUCCAUGUUAUUUGUCUUUCAUGUUUUCUCAGUCAUUUAUUUUGAUACAGGUGCUUGAUGCAAAAGAAGCCGAACAGGAGACAAGACGUAGACUGGCAAAAAACUCCAUUGGCGAGAAGGUGCUUGAUGCAAAAGAAGCUGAACAGGAGACAAGACGUAGACUAGCAAAAUACUCCAUAGGCGAGAAGGUGUGUAAAGCAGCGCAUAAGAAACAGCGUAAGAAGACUCACAGACUCAAUUCACCAUCAGCAGGUGCCGCUGUUGAAGCCGAGGUGCUCAAGCCUAUUGGAUCAUCUCGCAUGCCUUUUCGCACCUCGUUGUAUGCCGAUGAUGCUGUAAUCUUCAUCAACCCGGACCCUUAUGAAAUUGCAUCCAUCAAGCAACUGCUCCAACUCUUUGGCAAUGCGACCGGUUUACACACAAAUUUUGAAAAGAGUUCUUUCACACCCAUCCGCUGUGAGGGCUUGAAUUUGUCGUUGAUUAUGGGUGCCUCAAUGGAUGCCUGUAAAAAAUUCCCUUGCAAGUACCUGGGAAUGCCGCUUUCUGACUCCAGACUGAAGAUGGUUGAUUAUGAGGAAUAUAUAGACAAGAUACUAUCCAAAGUUCGUUGUUGGAAGCUUGGGCUCCUGGGCCUGGACGGGCGGCUUAUGCUUGUCAAGCAGGUCCUGUCUGCGAUGGUGGUUUUCCAGAUGAUUGCCCUGGCGCAACCGAUUUGGUUACAUAAACUUGUUGACAAAAUAAGAAGGGGCUUUCUUUGGGAGUGCAAGGAGGUUGCCGUUGGGGGCAAAUGCUUGGUGAGCUGGAAGCUUGUGUGUCGGCCAAAGAUGUAUGGGGGACUUGGGAUCUCCAACAUGCAAGCUCAAGGCAUGGCACUCCGCCUUCGCUGGCUUUGGCAAUCCUGGAACGAGCCGGACAAGCCAUGGGCAUGCCUACCUAUGACAGUGGACAAGAAACUUAACGACCUCUUCAAUGCAUCCGUCAAGUUUGUUCUCGGAAAUGGGGAAAGGAUUAAGUUCUGGUAUGAGCCUUGGCUGAAUGGGGUAUCCUUGAGUUGUGCAGCGCCGGACCUAUUUGCUUGUUGCACUCGCAAAAACCUCACGGUGUCCCAAGCCCUACAAGAUGGCCGUUGGAUCAGACACCUGCGUCGCCCUCUUACGCCAGCAGCUAUUAUCCAAUACACAAAGCUCUGGCAGGCGGUUGCUGAUGUGCACCUGCUGCUGGGAACUCCCGACUCAGUGAUCUGGAGAUGGACGCCGAAUGGCGCCUACUCCUCGGCCACUGCAUAUGCCGUGCAGUUCGAGGGGUGUACUCGCCUCGCCGGUCAGCGACACAUAUGGGCGGCUGAUGCUCCGCUAAAAUGCAUAAUUUUCGCCUGGCUUGUGAUCCUAGGAAAAUGUCUUACAGCGGAUAACCUGCAGAAAAGAGGAUGGCCGCACGACCCAAUUUGUUCUCUCUGCCGGGCGGCGGACGAGUGUGCUGAUCACCUCCUAGCACGCUGCUCCUACACCCAAGCUCUAUGGAGUCUGAUGCUCAACCGCUGCAACCUUCCCACCACUCUUGCGCCGACGGCGGCGACAACCAGCCUUGCUGACUGGUGGGAGUCCAACGUGGUGAACGCUAACCUGACCAACUCAAAGGGCUGGGGUGGUCUGGCAGUGGCAAUCUGGUGGUUCACGUGGUGUGAGAGGAAUGCCCGGAUUUUCCAAAGCAAGGCGUCCACCGUCAGUGCGGUCUUCAACUUGAUGAUUGAUGAAUUUAGGAUAUGGAACCUGGCUGGGCGUCAUAGGAUUCAGCUGUUUUUGGACAGACCUCGAGAGCAGACUGAAUUAUGUGCUGAUAAGAAGACUGCAGCGAAACCUCAGAAGGAAAAUUUUGCUGGGAGCAACAAUGAAGAUUUUGAAACGAAGCCUGCAGCACAAAAGAAGAAACGACCCAACAAGGCAAGUGCAUCGAUGGAAGAUGAUGAGGACGAAGCGCUCGAACUAACAGAUCGUCUGGCUGUUUAUAAUUUUGAUGACUCCCCUCCAGAACAUAGUGCCAUUAAGACUGAGACUACAGAAGGACAACAGGAAGGAAAAAAGGGGAAGAACGAGCCAAGCAAAAGAGGCCCGGCAAAUAAGGCCACGACACCCUUAACCGAGUUGUCUAGUGAGAACGAGGACAAGAAGUUUACCGUCGAAGAAGUGCAAGUUGCAAAUAAAACCGGUGGAAGAAAGCCUGCUGCCGAGAAGCCAAAGAAGACUACCAACAGGAAGAGGGCGCCUGCUCAGAGCAACUCCGGUGAUCCUUCUCCUGAGAAGAAGGUGCGAAAGAUGAGUGACUCCUUCAACAAGAAGAGCGGCUUGGUUCCACAGACGGUUGCAAGCGCUUCAACAGCAACAGAAGAUGCUGAGGCUCCUCUUCCCUCUGGCAGCUCUGCUCAGCCUAUAGCACCGAGAAGGUCAGCGAUGAUUAAACUAAUGGAGAUGGAGGCUAUGGCGGCGGAGAUGGCUUUGGAGAUGGCGGUUGUAGAUGGGAAUGGUGAUGACGGCUGCGAGAAGUUGAACUGA